AUGGGGACCGACACAGACGGCAACGUCGUGGACGCGCUCCUGCUCGGCUCAAAGCGGAUCGGGCACGGAUUCUCACUUUCGAGGCACCCAUACAUCAUGGAAAGGAUGAAGAAGCAGAACAUAUGCCUCGAGUUUUCGCCGGCAGGGACGACUUCACCCUCCAUGGAUGGCGCCAGCUGA